UUAAAAUUCAAAUGGCCAAAACCGUAGAAGUCAGUAUUAUUAUUUCUAAAGCAUAAUGCUGACCAUUGACAUUUUUUCCUCUGUCCCCAGAAGCGAUUUCCAGUUCGUUCUGGGGGCUCCUCAGCCUAACCAGGACAAGCCAGCCGAGCUACCUCCGGUUUACCUGAACAGGGGUCAGUUCUACCCCAUCUCCCUUGUGGGGAGCACGGCCAGUCUGUCGUGUGACAAAGUCAAGACGGUGGUCAUGGUGGUGUUUGAGAACGACAAGAGCACGGAGACCCAGCUGAGCUACUGGAGUCAGUGGCACGCGCGGCAACCGACCGCGAAGCAGAGGGUCAUCGACGUCGCCGACCACGAAGGGGUGUUCUGUGGCAUCCAGGUGGAGGAGGUGGCCUUCAACGCACUGUCCUUUGUUUGGAACCCCAGUGAGGAGGGCAAGGUCUUCGUCAGAAUCAACUGCCUGAGCACCGACUUCUCCUCCCAGAAGGGCGUGAAAGGACUUCCGCUGAUCCUCCAGAUCGACACCUACGAUUUCAGCGCCGGCACCAACCGCCUCAUCCACAGAGCCGCCUGCCAGGCCAAAAUAUUCAGCGAUAAGGGAGCCGAGAGGAAGAUGAAGGAUGAGGACAGGAGGAGGAGCCAGAGGAGCAGGGGUAAGACUGUCGUCCUCAACAACACUGGCAGGUCGUCUGGUUCCGUAGGGAGCGGCAGCACCUUCUUGAAGACCCUGGACGACCAUGUCAGCUACCCCGUCCUCUUCAUCCCAAAGACGCACCUCUCCAAUGCCAUGUCACCUCCCACAACAUCCGAGGAGGUGGAAAAGACAUCCCUGAAAAGGCCGUUCCCUGACGGGGCUGGCCAGGGCGGCGGGAGACCGGCACCAAGAAAGCAGGCCAGGAGAGAGGAGCAACAGAGGGUCCUACUGUAUGUCAGAAGAGAGUCUGAAGAGGUAUUUGAGUCUUUGGUGCUUGACAGCCCGACCAUGAAAGGCCUGAAGCAAGUGAUUUCUAAACAGUACGGACUGCAAGAGGACGCCAUUUGGAAAAUUUACAAGAAAUGUAAAAGGGGUAUUUUUGUGAAUGUGGAUGACAACAUCAUCAAACACUACAGUAACCUCUUGCCGUUUCUCAUAGAGAUCACUGAAGUCCUGAGCGGUCAGUUCCUGGUCACUCUCAUUGAGUUGUGAAGACAGAAAGGACAGGGUGUAUUUAGGCCACCUAAUGGCAAGGAGUGACCAAUCACAUUGCCUGCUGAUU